CUUACACACCGCAGCCAGCUGCAUCGCACUGUGGUCUCCUGGAGGCGGAUCACCACUAGCCCCGCCCCUGCGCUCAGCUUUCGGUCUUCGCAGGUACCCUCUGAGUCUCCGAGAUUUGUUCCAAGUGGGGCUGUGCACCUCCAACCCCUCCGCGGUGAAAGCGGCAAUGGCAGGUGCCCAGGAGAAACCCUUGGAGUGUAGCUCCUCUGUCCCCGGGUCCGAAGGGCCUACCGGCUCGGCCAGGGGGUUCGAGGUGUUGCCUCCCGAGGAGUCAGAGGGUUGCGCCCGGCCCCUAGAGACGGCCCCCAAGAAACUCUGUGGAUACUUAAGUAAGUUUGGCGGCAAGGGGCCCAUCAGGGGCUGGAAAUCCCGCUGGUUUCACUACGACGAGAAGAAAUGUCACCUGUACUAUUCGCGGACCGCGCAGGAUGCCAAUCCCUUGGACAGCAUCGAUCUCUCCAGUGCUGUCUUUGAUUGCAAGGCGGACGCCGAAGAGGGAACUUUCGAAAUCAAGACUCCCGGUCGGAUUAUUACCCUGAAGGCCGCCACCAAGCAAGUGAUGCUCUACUGGCUGCAGCAGCUGCAGAUGAAGCGCUGGGAGUUCCACAACAGCCCGCCUGUACCUCCCGCUGCCCCUGACGCUGCCUUGGAUGGGAAUGGGCCCGCCCUGCACCUCGAGCUAGAGCAAGAGGAAGCCGAGCUGGAGGAGUUCCUGAGCCCUGUGAAAACGCCCACUGGGCUCGUGGGCACGGCAGCCGCCUUGCAGCCAGCCCCUGCCAUGCCCUUGGCCCUCCAGAAUAUUUCCCUCAAGCACCUGGGAACUGAAAUACAAAACACGAUGCACAACAUCCGGGGCAACAGGCCGUCCCAAGGAACAGGCCAUGGACCUCCUGGGGAAGAUUCUCCACUGAUCAGGGAGCCCCAGAGGGAGGAGCAACCCUCGCACCCUGACCCCAGCUCCCCAGGGAAAGAUCCAGGAGAUUCUCCAAAGCCUACAGGCAAGUCCUCUCUGACCGCCAAUCUCAUUCAGAAAGCCAAGCGCCAGAACAACACCUUCCCGCUCUUUGCUGAAGGACUCACGCGAAACCGAACUGCCCAGGAGAAGGUUUUGGCCUUAGAGCAGCAGGUUCUGAUGCUCACCAAGGAGUUAAAGUCUCAAAAGGAGCUGGUGAGGAUCCUGCACAAGGCGCUGGAGGCCGCCCAACAGGAGAAGAGGGCAUCCAGUGCAUACCUGGCGGCAGCCGAGGACAAAGACCGGCUGGAGCUCGUGCGGCACAAAGUGCGGCAGAUCGCGGAGCUGGGCAGGCGGGUAGAGGCCCUGGAGCAGGAGCGGGAGAGCCUGGCACAGACCAUGAACCUGCGGGAGCAGCAGGUGCAGGAGCUGCAGCAGCACGUGCAGCUGCUCAUGGACAAGAACCAGGCCAAACAGCAGGUCAUCUGCAUGCUGUCUGAGAAGGUCACCUGGGACUUCACGCAGACCCCUAACCAGCCCCCCAGACCUCCAGAUGCUGCUGACAGGGACCUCCUGAGCCAGCAGGAGAAGAUGGAGCACCUGAAGUUCCCCCCAAAAGCAUAUUCGUCUCACCGGCGGCACCAAGAACACCAGCCUGGCCUCCUUCCCUCCCACCCCAGGCUGGCGGCCAUCGCUCUCCUGGUCCUGGAUGAAGAGGAAAGUGCCUUCUGGUGCCUGGUGGCCAUUGUGGAGACCAUCAUGCCUCCUGACUACUACAGCAAGAUGCUGACAGCAUCCCAGGUGGACCAGCGGGUGCUCCAGGACCUCCUUUCGGAGAAGCUGCCCAAGCUGAUGGCCCACCUGGGGCAACACCGUGUGGACCUCUCCUUCAUCACCUUCAACUGGUUCCUCGUGGUCUUUGCCGACAGUCUCAUCAGCAAUAUCCUCCUCCAGGUCUGGGACGCCUUCCUAUAUGAGGGCAUCAAGGUGGUGUUCCGCUAUGCCUUGGCCAUUUUCAAGUACAAUGAGGAAGAGAUCCUGAGGCUGCAAGACAGCCUGGAGAUCUACCAGUACUUGCGUUUCUUCACCAAGACCAUUUGCAACAGCCGGAAGCUGAUGGACAUCGCCUUCAAUGACAUGAACCCCUUUCCUAUGAAACAGCUGCGGCAGCUGCGGGCAGCCUACCGGGAGCCGCUAGAGGCUGAGCUGCGGGAGCUGGAGCAGCUCAAGGCCCAGUACUUGGAGACCCGGGCAUCCCUGGACCCAGUGGUACCUGAGAGUUGCACCAGUGAGGACGAAGGGGAGGGGGAGACCUGACUUGGCCACCUGCACUCGCAAAGCCCUUUUUCGCCCUAGACUGGCAGGCCCACAGGAGGGCAGCCAUGGAACAGCGGUCCAGCCCUCUGAGCCCAUCACCGUGUGACACUGGGCAAGUGCCCUUCCCAUCAGAACACUGUCUCAGUGAUGGCACUGACUGGGUUAUCUCCUCGUGAGCACAUACCCAGGGAUGCUUCCCUUUCUCACUUCCUCAGAGGUUAGCACGCAGACAAGCAAGAGUGCUAUCUUUAGAGGGAACCUUGAACAUGCUCUGAGUUUAUCUGUAUAAAACACUGGAAAUAUGGGAACUAGUUCACAGGCUUUAGAACUUACAUGAUUCUCAGUAACCACUUGCCCCUGGGUGAGCCCAGGGUACCAGGGUGUCCCACCGCUAGGGCCUUCCCAUCCUGGGACAUCCCUGGCUGCUGUUUCUGUGGGCGUCUCUGCAGGGCCCGUCCCCCUCCUGGCUCCCUGAGGAGCCGGGACCCUGUGGAUUUAGGGCUUCUGUCUUUCUGGGACAUUGCCUCUCGGAUGCGGGGUGAGCCUAUAGAUUCCAGGCCCAGCUCCCGUCAACUGAAGCCUGUUUCCUGAGCCUUGCACCUGUGGUCACAGCCCAUUGGGGGUGGAGGAUGAGGUUCCCAGGGAAACCCCUGCCCACUACCAAGAGGAACUUGGUGUGGAGUUGCACAGAGAGCCCUGGGUCAGUAGUCCAACCUCUGAUCUCCCACCACCAACUUCACAGGCCGAGACAAGAAGCGUCACCUCUUCUCUGAUGGGUGAUGGAAGAGUGAGGAAAAGGCAGUGCGAGGGACAGCUGCAGCCUGUCGCCCAGUCAGAGGUGGCUCUUACAGCACCCACUGUGUGCAGGUACUCGGUUUCAGUUCUUCUGGGCUCUUGCAGGCCCUUCCUCAACAGACGGAGGUUCCCGCCAUCCCCCUCAAGGCAGGGCGUCAAGGCUGCACAGUGAUCCUGGCUGCUCGUUUCUCAGCAAACCUGUGACUGUCAGUGUAGCCUUGAGCACAGCAAUCUUGGGUAUGAAGGACCGGGUGCGAGGUUCCCACAUGGAACCCAGCUCUCAUCUGUGGCUCCGGUGCAGGGCUGGGGAAGGAGGCCAUGCCCAUCGCUGGAGACCAGGGCCAGGCCCUCUGUUACUCACAGGUGUGAACUUGAGUUGGCACACCAGGCAUCCAUUUCCCCCACGAUGUGCCCCUACCCUGCCCUGGGGAGGAGACGCUCAGCGCUCUUUCCGUACCACAUUCACACGGGCUACUGGCUGGCCCAAGGGCACCAGGUUUCCUGCGAAUUCACCAUGAAACAGUAUGUGUGAAGCGUGAUGGUAUGAGGGUGGACUGGGGGGAGUCCUGGCUGCACCCCCAACAGGCUGUAACCAUAAGGGCCAUCACCGGGGAGACAAGGAGGUGACACUGGCGCUGAGCCUGAUGCCUGGCACAGAGUAAAGUGCAUCCACAGGCAGUGAGUGGCCUUCUUCCGAAGAAAACAUCACCAGGAGGGCCCUGCAGCCUACAAAAGGCCCACGGCUCCAGGAGACACCGUCCUGGCUGGUCCCUCAGAUUGCAGCCUUGAAAAUCAAAUUCCCUCUUCAACCAAAAAUAAAACAAUCCUAGAUCAGCCAAGAUAAAUGGCACCCUUGCAUCUUUGCUCCUUACCCACUCCCCACCACUUUCU